AUGAGUAGCCAAAAGGGACAGAAUGGCCAGGCCGACAACCAGUAUCUGGCUAUGGUAGGCGAUGUCCAGGCCGAGCUGACGCGCCUACAAGUCCAGCAUCGUUGGAUUCAGCUGUGCCUCAAGGAUAAGAUCGUUUUCGCGCCGGUUGAUACUAAGAAGGACGGCAUCAAGAUCCUCGACAUGGGUUGCGCUGACGGAACAUUGCCACGGGACCUGCAGAAGCAGGUUCCACCAUCCGCGCACAUGGUCGGCGCCGAUGUUUCAACCAUUUUCCUGCCCACGUCAGCUCAGGGCAACAUCCACUACGUAACCCACGACGUUUGCGAUCCACCGGCCGGGGAUCUCAAGGGCCAGUUCGAUCUGACCCACGUUCGCAACGUUCUCCACAGCGCCCACCGGUCCGGCGUCGAGCAGGCGGUGGCGAACCUCGCCGAUACGUUGGCUCCGGGAGGCUGGCUGCAGGUUAUGGAGCUGGACAUUACUCCAGGCCAGCCGAACCAGCCCCAGUCUCUCAAGGAUCUCAUUCACAUCAUUGGGUCCAUGUUUGAAAAGCAAGGGAUGGACCGCAACUACGCGUCCAAGAUCCCAGAGGCUAUGAAGAUGGCCGGCCUACAGAACGUCAAGGUUGAGCGAGUUGAGUGUGGGAUUGGUAAAGUUCAUGGAGAUGAGGCAGCUAUCAAGUCUUCUAUCGAGCCUUUCAUGCACACGAUCCCGCUUAUCGCCAAGAACAGCCAAAUGUUGGUCCCAGAUAUGGACCCGGCGAUUUAUACAAACUUGGAGGAGAGAUACACAAAGGAGAUGACUGAGCCAGGAGGCAUUUUCCCAGCGAACGUCUUCUUUGCUCAAAAGCCCGUCGCGUGA